AUGGCCAUUGAUCCACUCUCAAUGGGCGCUGCAGUCGGUGGUGCGUUUGGCGGUGCUGCUGGAAGUGUAGUCGGCGGAGCGACAGGUAUUCUGACUAAUGACAAAAAAUGUGGUCAAAUGGUCGGUGGUGGUGUCGGUUUUGUAGUUGGAGCUGGAACAGGUGCAUUGGCCGGAAAUAUGGUACUGCCUGGUGGACCAGGAGCUCUUGGUGGCGGUUGCGCCGGAGCUAUCGGAGGCGCUACGGGAGGCUACGCCGGCGCUGGGGUUAUAUACGAUGGUUUCAAAUAA